ACCACGCUCCCGGUGGAAGCAGAGGAGCCGAGCAGGAACCAUGGCCAGUACAGUGGUAGCAGUUGGACUGACCAUUGCUGCUGAAGGAUUUGCAGGCCAUUACGCUUUCCAAGGAUGAAGCAUAUGGAGCCUCAAGUAAAACAAGUUUUUCAAAGUCUACCGAAAUCUGCCUUCAGUGGUGGCUAUUACAGAGGUGGGUUUGAGCCCAAAAUGACAAAACAGGAAGCAGCAUUAACACUAGAUGUAAGCCUUACUGCCAAUAAGGCAAAAAUAAGAGAUGCUCAUCAACUAAUUAUGCUUUUAAAUCACCCAGACAAGGGAGGAUCUUCUUAUAUAGCAGCCAAAAUCAAUGAAGCUAAAGAUUUACUAGAAGGUCAAGCUAAAAAAUGAAGUACAUGUAUGAUGAGUUUUAAGUUCUUACUCAUUUAUGUAUAUGAGUACCAGCUUUUUAUAAUAAAAUGCCU